AUGUCGAACAAGCCCAGCAUACCAUCGUGGCAGCGCGCGCAAGGUCCAGCUCCCACUCCCACAGAAGCAGACACGCAGCCGGCAUCGGAACAGCAACCGGAGGGCGCCCCAGCUCCAGCAGCUCCAGCACCAGGCACAGAGGAACCAACCGAAGACGCCGCACAAAAGACAGCCCCAGCAGAAGCACCUGUGCUCGAUGCUUCACCACUGGUCGACCAAGCAUCCAAGUUCCUCGACGACCCUACUAUUCGCGAUGCGCCCCACGAGAAGAAGGUCGACUUCCUACGGUCAAAGGGCGUGAAGGCAGAAGACAUUGAGAAGCUGCUAUCGCAGGAGAGUCCCCAACACGUAUCGCAAGAUUUCUCACAAGCCGGGGAGCAGGCAUGGGCGUCAAGAGCUCCCGCAGAACCCGCCCAAGCACCCGCACCGCAGUCGCAACCCCGGGACAUCCCACCCAUCGUCACAUACCCCGAGUUCCUCGCGCAGCCUAACGAAAAGCCCCCGCUCGUUACGACGCGCCGUCUCCUCAAUACCGCGUACAUAGCCGGAGGUCUUGUCGCGACAGUAUAUGGACUUUCCAAGUAUAUAAUAGGCCCUAUGACCCAGAACCUCACGGAGUCACGGCACGACUUCGCGAGCCAUACACAGGAGCAGCUCGAAAAACUGAACGAACGCCUACGUGACUCGGCCUCAGUCGAUCCAGCGACAAAGACGAAGCCAAAUGUCUCUGAUGUAGUGGACGAUAUAUCAGAGGCCGAUUCAGACCCCACAGAGCUAUACCACCGCGACUUUGGCACACAAACGUCGCCCACACUCUCACGGAGAGAUUCAAAAUCAUCUGAUGCGACCGAAAGGGAAGGUGUAGUCAAAGCCCACGAGAACCGCCUCAAGAUCCUGACGUCGCAUCUACGUGAACUCUCAUCCACGCGGACCAAUGACAAUGCUUCCUCGGACUCACUGAAGACGCAACUAUCGAAUCUUCAGACAUACCUGAGCGACAUGAGCUAUCAGAGCCAGUACUACUCGGGCUCAGGAGGCUUAUACGGCAGCACAUGCGGGCUACCUAAGACGGGCGAUGGGAAGGACGACCAGAUCAACGUGCUGAAGAACGAUAUACGGGCAGUGAAGGGCGUCUUUUUGAGCGCGAGAAACUUUCCAGCUGGAGGUAGGAAUGCCACGCCACUCGGUAGGGCGGGUGGUUAG